GUGUCUUUCCCUUUUUGUUUCCGUCCUUGGAAGAGAACCCUAAAAAAAUUUCCAGGUGGUCUUCCCCUCUUCUGAUCUCGAUAUACGACAAAUCCCAAUCAAACUCCAUUGUUUUCCGGCGAAUUUAUCGGCAUGGGUACAGCCGUCGGAGGCGGCAGUGAUGUGGAGGCGGGAUUCGCUAAACUACAGGGAGAGGAUUUCGAGUAUUACAUGCAGACAUACUCCAUCAUGCUUGGUCGGAACUCGAAGAAAUCCACCGUCGACGUCGAUCUCUCCUCUCUCGGCGGUGGAAUGAACAUCUCCCGCAACCACGCUCGGAUCUUCUACGACUUCACGCGCCGACGCUUCGCCCUCGAGGUCCUCGGCAAGAAUGGCUGCCUCGUUGAAGGCGUCCUCCAUCUCCCGGGAAAUCCUCCGGUGAAACUCGAUUCUCAGGACCUUCUCCAGAUUGGGGACAAAGAAUUCUACUUCCUGCUUCCGGUUCGGAGCAUCCUAGGUGGUCCGUUGGGACCCAGGCACUAUGUCUCGAGUCAUACUAGUGCUGGGGCUGUGGUUCCAUACCACAACUAUUAUUCGGGUCCUGGUUCUGGGUCGGGUAAGAAAGGUGGGCGGGGUAGAGAGUAUUAUGAGGAGUAUGACGAUGAUGAUGAUAUCAGGAGCAGUGGGAAGAAGACGAGGAGAGAUGGGUAUGAUGGAUAUGGCGGUUCUGCGCCUGUUUCCGGUGAGAAAAAGGGAGAGGGAAGGUCGAGGGUAGAUCGUGAAGCUGAUGAUCAACAAGUGUUGCAGCUUGAGGAAAAGGAUGUCGUGUCAUCUGUCGCCACUGUGCUGUCUGAUUUGUGUGGUCCGGGGGAGUGGAUGCCUAUGGAGAAACUUCAUUCUGUGAUACUGGAGAAUUAUGGUAGCGUGUGGCACCACAGUCGCGUAAGGAGAUACCUCACACCCGAGGACUGGCCCGUUCCUGAAGCAAAGGGCAAACCAUGGUACGGAUUGCUCAUGUUGCUGAGGAAAUACCCGGAGCAUUUCGUGAUCAACACGAGAUCCAAGGGCAGGGUCACCCUCGAAUUCGUCUCUCUUGUCUCUUUACUGUCAUGAAACUAGAUCGAAAAAGAAGCCAUUGGAAGGGCAAAUCUGCUCGUCUUGUUCCAUGGAACCUACCCUUAAUGUUAGUGCAGUAUAAUGUUUUGUUUGAUGGGUCAAAAGAUCAGAUGGGCCCACCAUGGUGUUGUUUGUAAAGGAGGAGUUUUGUGUUUAAUGUCGCCGUGUUUUUUUACAUCUGGUGGAACGUUUUUUGAUA